AUGUAUCAGGACGUCGGUGUAAAGUACAAGAACAUUCCAUCUCUGGAGGUAGUCUCGAAGGCCUCUUCGGAGAGUUCAGGUGGUAGUGGAGGUGGAGGUAGAAGAGGAACUGCGGUGGGUCGAUUUACAGUGGAGCCAGCGACAGAAACUCCACGACGCCAACCGGGUCUGCGAGCGCACCACCCGCAACAACAGAUUCCCAUGGCGACACCAGGCUCGCAUAAUGCUUCUAUUUCCUCCAAUUACUCUGCCACCAGUUCCCUACCCGCUGCACUCAAACGCGCCUUUGUCAACAUGGGCCGGUCGCUCACUGGUCAGACUAGCACUAGUACCACCGCCACUUCUACUGCUUCUAAUACCUACUCUGCCACCGCUGCCACUCCAUCCAACGGACCCGAACAGCCCUCUGUCGAUGCUGGCGGUAUGACCGAUGUGUUCUGCUUACGACUUUGA